GCACGUCAUAAAUCUUAAAGUGUAGCAAAUUUUAGUGCGCACCUACGUACGCUUAGUUUUCAUUUCAGGUAUACACCUUUAGUGAAAUAAAUCGCUGUCAUGUAACAAGUGGAUGAAAUCGCUUCAACUUUACAUACACCUAAAUACGACGCCGGUGGCCUUGUCUAUCCGUUCCACUAGCAUGUAACUAGUCGCACAUGUCAUAAAUUCACAAUCGGAAGUGUGUUUUGUGCUUCACAAAUAAUGGCAUUCGUAAAUAAUGAACGAGCGAAUGAAGAAAUUUCAAGCGUGCGUACAACAAAACAAAGAGGAUUUUGGCACAAUCUGAGAAAGUAUUUAAGGGAAUAUACUCAAUUAACAGGCAUCCACGGACUUCGGUAUGUCACCGAAAAACGAUCAAGAACGGAAAAGGUUGUUUGGGCUUUGCUUCUUAUCCUUUCAUUAGGUGGUUGUAUCUAUAUGAUUUGUAAAAUUAUGUAUAAAUAUGAGAAUAGUCCAGUGGUUGUCAGUUUUGCAACUGAAGAUACCCCAUUGUAUCAGAUUCCGUUUCCUGCUAUUACUAUUUGUCCGGAAGCAAAAUAUAAUAAACGAGUGUUCGACUAUAGGGAUAUCCACUUUCAAAUAGUCAGAAACGAAGAAGUAGAUGAAACGAACUUUACAAAGUUUUCACAUUUGCGUCUUGUCUGCAAAGACCUUAAUAUUAUUUCAAAAACUGCCAACAAAACGGUGGGCCACGAAUUUUUUGAAACCCUAGAAGAAGUGAAAUUUAAGGCCAAUCAAACGUUUAUAGUUUGUAUAUAUUACAAACAAAGUAUUGAGUGUGAAGAUUUUUUUACGCCUGUCAUAAUAGAUGGGGGAAUAUGUUAUUCGUUUAACAUUUUAGGGCGAGAUGAAAUAUUUAAAGAUCACGUCUAUAAUUAUGCACAAUAUUACCACGUUCCUAACAAAUCUGCAGAUAAUUUUAAUAUUGAAACCGGGUACAACCAGAACGCUGGUGUGAACACGUAUCCUAGAAGAGCAUUGAUGUCUGGCAUUGACAAUGCGUUGCAUAUAUUUUUUAACUUUGAUACAAAUUAUACUGACUCCAUAUGUAAUGGUCUUUAUAGAGGAUUUCGAGUUCUAAUUCAUAACCCUUGGGAUGUACCUCGCCUCACAAAACAUUUCUUUCGUGUACCUUUCAGUAAAGUUGUCGUAGCAGCUAUGGAACCUGAAAUUAUUAUUACUUCUGACACUGUCAGAAAAUUCAAACCUGAAAAAAGAAAGUGUUUCAUGCAGGAUGAACGUCCCUUGCAACACUUCAAAUUUUAUAGUCAGCGUAAUUGUUUACUUGAAUGUCAAACGAAUUAUACGUUGAAAAAAUGUGGUUGUGUUGAAUAUUUUAUGCCAAGAAAUAACAAAACGGCAAUAUGUGGCAACGGUUUAUCCGAAUGUGUAGAACAGGCUGAAAGUGAAUUAAAAGUGAAGGAAUUAGAGUAUAAAUUAGAAGGAAAUCACUUUUGCAAUUGUAGACCUUCUUGCACAAAUAUGAAAUUUAGUGUGGAAACUUCACAUAGUGAUUUUUACUUUGAGGAGUAUUUUGAAACGCAUUUGCAAAUGAAAUUUGCGCAAGAUGGCUCAUAUUGGUCAAUUCUUCAGGUUUAUUUCAAAGAAGAGCAAUUUAAAACAAUGGAAAGAAACGAAUUAUAUGGCACUUCUGAUUUAAUAUCCAACUUCGGAGGUCUCUUAGGUUUAUUUACAGGAUUUUCGUUGAUUUCGUUACUUGAAAUCAUCUACUUUUGUUCUUUACGUAUUUUUUGCAAUGAAAGAACGCAUGGAAUUUGGUCAGGGCCUUAAAUUAAAAGAGAAAAUCACAAUGACUCUAAAAAUUAUUUAUUUUCCUUCACUCAUUUUUCACA